UUCUGUUACCCCCUGUGGUUCGGGGGAAGUAGAAUACGGCCACGGUAUCCCCUGCCUGUCGUAAAAAGCGACUAAAAGGGGGAUGUAAAGGAGAUUCCACGAAAACUGUAUUGCGAAUAAGAGCAAGGCACAAAAGUAUAGCAUAGUAGACAGGAUAAAAGACUCAAAAGUAUAAGAAGGCAAAACAGGCUAAAGUUAAGAUUAAAAUUGCACAUAUAAUCGCGAAAUCAAAUCAUGUCAUAUCGAUAUAAUAGCAUCCGGGGUGUCAGGGACCCCGUCAAACCGGUGGCGCUCUUUACAUACCGACCUGAAUCACCUGAAAUGGUUUCCACCGUUUCUGUAUAGAUGGCGCUAAGGUCGAAUUUUAAAAAUACUUAAUUUAUGGCGGUCGUUUCAAAAUAAAACUUCAUUCAAUUUUGAUUAUAUGUUUAUACGGGCAGUAUAUACAAUGUUUUAUUCAAAUUAAAUGUCUGAUUGUAAACAUCCUGUUUACAGCAACAGGUUACUGUCAUUUAUUAUACAUUUGUUAUACAUUUACAAUGUAUAAUAAAGACUCUUAUAAAAAUAAUGUACAAAUAAAAGUUAUUCAAACUUUCAUAAAUAUUUUACAAACAAAUAAUUAAAAGAUAAUGUAUACAACUAAAAACAUAUACAACCGAUCAAUGAAAGAGGUGCAUUUGCAUUAAAAUCGUAAUUAAUUUAUAGAGUCAAUAUUAAUUUGAUAUAAUUUUUAAGAAGAGUAGUGAUAAUGGAAAGCUCGAGCGAGGUUCAAGAAACCGAAAAUGACAAAGUGGAACCAAACGUGGUAUUGGAAACUGAGCAAGUUGGGGAAAGUGAAAUUGAAAAAUUAAAAGGGGAUUCUGUAGGAGAUACUCUUUACAGUGGCAAAUGGAUAAUCAAUAUUUUGUUAGCAAUAUCAAAGGUUCACGAAGACAGCUGGAAUACAAAAUUGGAAAAUGAUUUGUGCACUUUAUGGGAUAUGAGCACAGAGAGGGACAUUGUUCAGUUUCUUGUGGAUAAUGACUUUUUCAAAGUAGCUGAGUUUACUUUAAAUUCUUCCGAAGAGCCAAGGCUAACAGAAAUAAUUUUAGGAAUACUUGGGAAUAUGGCUUGUGAACCAAUAAUCCUUGAAUUAUUAGGAGCACACGAAGAGCUUCUUGAAACAAUUCUUCGUCAUCUUCCCUCUGAAGACAGUGCCACAUUAGUACAAAUCCUUCGAUUGUUGCGUUCUGCACUUUGGAACAUUCAAAAUAAUCCUGAAUCAAAGUGGAGAGUUAAUUUAAAAAAUUCAACUUAUUUAAGAGAAGUAGUUCCUUUCAUUUUGAAAAGUUCCACAAAUGAGGAACUUUUAAUUGCAACAACUAGCUUUCUGCGUUCCUCGGCGGAAAUUGAUCUUCCAUCCGGAAAAACAUUAUUAGAUGAAUUGUUUGACACAUCUAGUUUUUUGCCAGGAAUGUUAGAAUCUUUUGAAGAAGUUCUUCCUGAAGAUGAAGGCCACUAUUCGGCUUCAACUUUAAAAUACCUUGAAGACUGGUUAGAAUUGUUCUUCAAUCUCAGGAGAGGGUAUCAAAUUCAUCAAGUAAUUUUACAAGAAGACAAUCUUGCGAGGAUAGUAGAGAUUCUGCGAGGGAUUUUAACAAAUUUCGUUGAUCCAUGCAAUCUUUUUCCUUUGGACGAAACUAAAGCUUCUUGUGUUCAUAGAUGUGCAGAAAUGAUCCUUGAUUUUCGAUGGAAAGGAUUUUUAAAGGCAGAUUCUACGAUUGACAUAGAUAAUAUGGUCUUAAAAAUUAUAUUCAGUAUCAAUACAGCAAUAAAAGAAGAAGAGGACUCGGAAGAAAUAAUGGAAGAAUUAUUAAAAUAUCUUGAAGGAUAUUGGAUAGAAAUAUCAAAGAUUUCCACAACCGAUGAAAUUAUAAAAAUCUUGAAAACAAAUGAGAAAGCUGUUAUUGAUCAUGUAACAAAUUUAUUAAAAUCAAAAAUUCCCACGGAAAAAAUGAAUGGCGUAUUAGCUGGUUUAUCAGAUGAAUAGAAAAUAAAAGGAGAGUUGUAAAAUUAUCAAAGAAAUAAAUUUUUCGCAUGGCCUGUGAUUAUAAAAAAAAGAGCAACUCGAAAUUUUUCAUAAUUUUUUAAGCACUUUUUCUUAAUACUAUGUAAGUACAAAUCUUAUAGUAUUUUACAGAUUAUGGCUACAUUUUAUACAAGUUUUAUAUUUAUUUUGUAUAUUCUUUUUUAAUUUAAAAAAUCCCUUAUAGGUUUAUCAAUAAAAAUACGCAUUGUUCUACAAUUUUAUUGCAAUAAAAAUUUGAGUAUUUCAA